GGUUACUGAUCAUCCGAAUAAACAACCUACAAACGGCAAUUACCAUCAGUCCAGAGAAGAGAAGUCGGCUUUAACUUCAAAGGAAUUCCAAGAAUAUCUAGCAGGCACCAUCAUGAAGCUCUCUCUUGCCACCUUUGCGAUCUUGUUGACAGCCGCCUCAGCUGCUCGAGUUACCCAGCAGGAAGCAGACGAAGCGUUCGAAUGUGUCCGCCGUUCCCUUACAUCAGUAGACCAGGGAAACGAUGGAUCCCAGGCUAGUUGUCAGUUUCUAUACUGCUUCCAGGACUUUGACUCCAAACACAAUCGUGGUGGGCUUUUCGGCAAACUUUCCUAUAUCAUUGACCCUCUUUGUGGUGCCGAGGGUCUCGUUGAGAGAGUUUUCAGUUUGGGGCAUUAAACGGCCUUGCAAGUCUAUUUAUGCGACCACACCUCCUACCAACAUCAGGGGAGAAACAAUGAAAAGUUCGGGAAUGCCCUCUAUCUGCAACUAUUAUGUAUCUACAUAUUGUAGUAGGUGGGUGGGGUAGAAAGAGAAUAUUAGUGUGGCAACCUAUUGGUGUGCUUGCGAGUUCGCUCAUUACUUGUUUACUUCAUUGAUGUUCCUACCAUUAUGACGCUCUUUCUCAAAAAAUGAAAAGUUCAAUACUUGCAACAAUAUACAUUAUCUAAGAUGUGGC